UCCUGUCUUGUCCGGUCAAGCGUGGAAGAAAGAACGCAAAGCGCCAAGGCAGUGAGGGCAAAAUGGGGCUUUCUUUCGCGAAGCUGUUCCAGCGAUUCCUGGGGAAGAAGGAGAUGCGCAUUCUCAUGGUGGGGCUGGAUGCCGCUGGAAAGACCACGAUAUUAUAUAAGCUCAAGCUGGGAGAAAUCGUGACAACGAUCCCUACGAUCGGAUUUAAUGUCGAGACUGUCGAGUAUAAGAACAUUAGCUUCACAGUGUGGGAUGUUGGCGGUCAGGACAAGAUCCGGCCACUCUGGAGGCACUAUUUCCAGAACACUCAAGGUUUGAUCUUCGUUGUGGAUAGCAACGAUAGAGAUCGUGUUGGGGAGGCUCGAGAUGAGCUCCAUCGCAUGCUAAACGAGGACGAGUUGCGAGAAGCGGUCUUACUCGUGUUUGCCAACAAGCAGGAUCUACCAAAUGCCAUGAACGCUGCUGAAAUAACAGACAAGCUCGGGCUACAUUCACUCAGGCAGCGCCAUUGGUACAUCCAAAGCACUUGUGCUACCUCUGGAGAGGGUCUCUACGAAGGUCUCGACUGGCUUUCAAACAACAUUGUCACGAAGUCUUGAGCUCGUGGAGAUUUUGUUUUCCUUGCGAUUGAGUUUAUCCACCACUGUUAGCAUUAAGUACCGGUUAAUGCAAAGGCAUUUCUUCUUC